GAUUAGGUGGAAGACAUAUUCUGCAAGAGCAGAUUUUAUGCAUGUGAUGGCCAUGGCCACCUUGGUCUGCAGGGUCCAGUUCCUCGAUGACACCGAUCCGUUCAACAGCACCAACUUUCCAGAGCCCACCCGCCCCCCGCUCUACACUUUCCGGCAGGACAUCUCGCUCAUCAAUCAGAUCCCCGGGUUGCACCGACUCCUGCAGGCUCCGCACAAGCUUGAUGAUUGUGCUCUGCAGCUGUCUCACAAUGGUACCUACCUGGAUCUGGAGUCUAACUUGGCUGAACAGAAAGAUGAAUUGGAAGGAUUCCUGGAAGAUCCUGGGAGGGGAAAAAAGCACAGCAUGAUCCUGCGCACACAGCUCUCAGUUAGAGUUCACGCCUGUAUUGAAAAACUCUACAAUUCGUGUGGCCGGGAACUCAGAAGAGCACUUUUCUCUCUCAAGCAGAUAUUCCAGGACGACAAGGAUUUGGUUCACGAGUUUGUCGUUGCUGAGGGUCUGACAUGUUUGAUAAAAGUAGGAGCAGAAGCAGACCAGAACUACCAGAAUUAUAUCCUGAGAGCCCUUGGCCAGAUUAUGCUCUAUGUGGAUGGAAUGAAUGGGGUGAUAGGCCACAAUGAAAGUAUCCAAUGGCUGUAUACGCUCAUAGGCUCAAAGUUCCGCCUGGUGGUGAAGACGGCCCUGAAGUUGCUGCUGGUGUUUGUGGAGUACACAGAGUCAAAUGCACCACUGUUCAUCCAAGCAGUCACCACAGUGGACCACAAGAGAGGUGUGAAGCUGUGGUCAAAUGUUAUGGAAAUACUGGAUGAAAAGGAUGGUAUUGACACAGAACUUCUCGUUUACACAAUGACUUUAAUAAAUAAGACAUUGGCAGGAUUGCCUGAUCAAGAUUCCUUCUAUGAUGUAGUGGACUGUCUGGAAGAACAAGGGAUGGAAGCUAUUUCACAGAGACACUUGAACAAAAAAGGAACUGACUUGGACUUGGUGGAACAAUUCAAUAUUUAUGAGAUGAGCCUGAAACAUGAAGAUGGAGAUGAGGAUGUUAGUAUAAACGGUCGUAAAGACAGGCGAAGAUCAAGCCUUGGUGCAAAUGAACGGCGUGGUUUAGAACGACGGAGGAGUCGGAGGCAUUCUAUCCAGAAUAUCAAGAGUUCACUAUCUGCCCCUGCCAGUCCAAGCAGUCCAUUGCCUGGCCAUUUAAGUCCACACUUCAUGUCACCCAGUGGUCAGAGGCUUGAAGACCUCAAUGAAAACAACGAUGUAGCUCAACACCACAUGACCAGCCAGCCUGAUGAAGCAAGCCACUCUGAUGAUGUAUUUGAGGCCAUUCACACACCACCUAAUGCAUACAGCAGCUAUGGCAGCAGUGCCUACUCAGGAUCUCGACUGUACUCUGGGCUAAAUGCACCCACCACCUCCAGCUUUCACUACAAGACCUCCGUCUCGCCUGCUCCUGAGGCAAAAUCUGAAAGGCCAGUGCUGGGAGGUCUUUUGUCCUCAUCGUAUCGACAACAUCAGGAAUCGUUGGCAGCAGAGCGAGAGAAACGACGCCAGGAGAGAGAAGAACGAUUACAGCGGAUAGAGCGGGAAGAGAGAAACCGAUUCAAUCGGGGGUAUAUAGAAAAACGAGAAGAGCAGAGACUGGCAAGAGAAGAAAGAUACAAGUACCUGGAAAAAUUAGCAGCUGAGGAAUAUGAGAAGGAGGCCAGGAAUCGGGUGCCCCGGGCACGCAGUGACCUUUCCCUCAGCCUGAGUUCAUCUGCAGCCUCAUCGUCUCCCGUCCCAAGUUGUGGGACUCCCCCUCCCGAGCCUUGGCAAGAUCUCAAGUCUCCAUCCACACAGAGUGAAUCGCCUCAGCCUAUAGAAGUCCCUGCAAGUGAGCCAGAGCAGGAGCUUGAGCCUGAGCCUGACUCAGAGCCUGCAGCAGAAGCUGAAGGAGAAACCGAGGUGGCCAGCGAGGGAAGACCUGCAGAACUGGGACCAGAGCUGGAGAGAGAGCAGAGACCAGAUCGAGAGCCAGAAGAAAACGUAACACUGAGCGAGAAGGAGAGGCAGAAUGAAGAGCUGAACGAGAAAGAUAACUGUUCAGCAUCCAGCAUCUCCUCAGCCAGCAGCACUUUAGAAAGGGAAGAAAGGGAAGACAAAGUAACCAGUGACAAUGAAACUGGUAAAUGGAUGCAAGGCAUUAAGGAUGUCAGUGUAAAUGACCAGUGCAGCAACAUUCUUAAUAACAAACGGUUCAUGCUGGACAUGUUGUAUGCACAGAACAAAAGUGGAGACGAUGAUGAUGAAGAAACACAGCCCAGGAAGCAAGAGGAGGAGAAAGAAGAGUCCCUUGCAAGUCUGGCCAGCCGAAUCUCCACUCUGCAGGCCAACAAGCAGGCCAAUGAGGGUAAUGUGAAGAAAAUGGAGAUCGACCAUUUGGAGAACCAAGGCAGUGUGAAAGCUUUUACUGACAAGUUUAACAGUGGGGAGCUGAGCAAAGGACCUGCAUUAUCUGACUGUGAAACAACCACUGUGACUGUGGAUAAAAUGACUGCACAACCCAAAAAGGAGUCUGAUUAUAUCUGGGAUCAACUGUUGGCCAAUCCUCGGGAACUAAAAAUCAAAGACAUAGACUUCACAGAUUUGGAAGACGAGGACGAUGUGGAUGUGUUGGACAUGGAAAAUUUGCUUAGUUCUAGAGACUCCAUACUUCCUCCACCACCUCCCCCACCUUCUUUCAUGGGCUUGCCGCCCCCUCCUCCACCCCCUUUACUUCAUUGCCCACCUCCCCUUCCAGUACCUGGUAUGUCAGUGCCCCCGCCUCCACCUACAGGCCUCCAUCAACAGCUUGGGUCACUACACCCAUCAAGGGGUGAGCCAACAUUCAUUAAGAAAAAGAAAACCAUCAGGUUGUUCUGGAAUGAAGUCCGACCAAUUGACUGGCAGUUCAAAAAUUACAAGCGAUGCAAGGAACCACUUUGGACCCAAUUGGAACCUGUGAAAGUGGAUGUAUCCAAGCUGGAGCAUCUCUUUGAAUCUAAAUCCAAAGAGCUGCCGGUAACCAAGAAAACUGCUGCAGAUGGGAAGAGACAAGAAGUCAUUGUGUUAGACUCAAAACGGAGCAAUGCCAUUAACAUUGGACUGACUGUAUUACCUCCUCCGAGAACAAUCAAGACUGCAAUUCUUAAUUUUGAUGAAUAUGCCUUGAACAAGGAAGGAAUAGAGAAAAUCUUGACCAUGAUUCCCAGUGAAGAAGAAAAGCAGAAGAUCCAAGAAGCCCAGCUGUUGAAUCCUGACAUUCCUUUAGGUUCUGCAGAACAGUUUCUUCUCACCUUGUCUUCCAUUAGUGAACUCUCAGCUAGACUCCAGCUCUGGGCCUUCAAGCUAGACCAUGAAACCGUGGAGAAGGAAGUUGCGGAGCCUCUACAGGACUUGAAAGAAGGAAUGGACCAGUUAGAAAAUAAUAAAACUUUAAGAUAUAUCCUGGCUACAUUACUGGCAAGGAACUUCUUAAAUGCAUCAAAUGCCAAAGGCUUUGAGCUGGGGUACUUGGAGAAAGUUCCAGAGGUGAAAGACACGGUGCAUAAGCAAUCUCUUCUGCAUCACAUUGCAACCAUUGUGGUGGAAAAAUUUCCAGAUAGUUCAGACCUGUACUCUGAGAUUGGGGCCAUCACGAGGUCAGCCAAGGUUGACUUCGACCAGCUUCAGGAAAAUCUUUGUCAAUUGGAGAGGAGAUGCAAAGCCUCAUGGGAUCACCUAAAGGCAAUUGCAAAACAUGAAAUGAAGCCCUCCCUGAAGCAGAAAAUGUCAGAAGCCCUGAAGGAUUGUGCCGAGAGGAUCAUCAUUUUAAAAAUUGUUCACAGAAGAAUAAUAAACAGAUUCCAUGCAUUUCUGCUGUUCAUGGGACAUCCCCCACAUGCAAUCAGAGAUGUGAAUAUUCACAAGUUCUGUAAGAUCAUCAGUGAAUUUGCUCUUGAAUAUCGAACCACCAGGGAGCGAGUGUUGCAGCAAAAGCAGAAACGAGCCAAUCACAGAGAAAGAAACAAGACCAGAGGCAAAAUGAUUACAGAUACAGGAAAGUUCUCCAGCAACACUGCAACUGUCUCGAGUGAGACCCAACCACAGGGACUGCAGUAUGCAGAAGAGGCAGCAGAACAUGAAAAUAUGAAAGCAGUGCUUAAAACCUCUGUACCGAGUGGAGAAGUUACUGCUGGAGUACCAGGCCUUCGAACUCGAACGAGAGCAAGCCGAGGCCGUGUUGGCUCAUGGGCUCCAGGAAAUGAUGACUCCCCAAAUGCCACAGAUGAUGCUGCAGAUGAAAUCAUGGACCGGAUUGUAAAGUCUGCGACUCAAGUGCCAAACCAGCGAGCAGUGCCUAGAGAGCGGAAGCGGUCUCGUGCAAACAGGAAAUCUCUAAGAAGAACAUUAAAGAAUGGCUUGACACCAGAAGAGGCCAAAGCACUUGGUUUGGUCAGCACUUCUGAGAUGCAAGUGUGAAGUGAAUUGAGCAUGAACUGCGACAGAUAACAUCACUAGCACCUGAACAAGGCACAGCUAGAAACGUUCAACUGGCAACCAUUUGCUGCUCAUGGUAUCCAGUCAUCACCCAGCUCCAUUCAUCAUAUGAUGCAUAUGAGAAACAUGAGCUAGAAAGAGAUGGCACACUUGGCACUAAAGAUCUGACAGCUUUUAAAAAAAAUUAAAUCAGGAUUGUUCGGAAAUAUUUAUACCUAGGUAAAAGUAUUGCUUUUUUUUUUAUCUAACUGAAGUGAUUAGAAGACUUUAGUGGGUAAGCUGUUGUACCUUGUAUGUGAUAUGUUUACAUUGGCUUUACUUGUGACCUAUUUGUGUAGCAGUGAAAUGCACCAUUUCAGUGUAAGAACCAGGCCUUAAGGAGACAGUGUGCUGAUGUUGGCUGGCCACAAAUGUGACAGCUGUUUAACCUACAUCCAAAAAAGUGAGUUAAUACAACCUGACAAGAAAUCGUUCAAUUCUAAAAAUUAUUAUUUUUGUUGGCCUCUUUGGUAAUGGCAUUAUUUUCUCUGGAGUAUCAUUGCCAUUGUUAUAAGUAUAUUAACUUUUUCUAAGAAUACCUUCUAACUACUAUAGAAUGCUGGGUAAGCAGGGAGAGUUAAGGUUCCCAUGCAGGCAACAGGCAUCACUGUUUUCAUGCAGUUGAUUUAAUUAUUAAAGGCUGAAAGGGAUGGUAUUUGUAAAGGUGAAAUUCCCCUUUCUAUAUAAUAAAUAUUGCAGUUGUUUCUAACAUUAGGAUUGCAGUAAAAUUUUCUGACCAGUUUCAGUCAGAGAGGUAAGGUAAUUGUUUUUUGCUACAUGGGUUAACUGAGUAUGAGCAUCUUGAUGGCACUGAAAUGCAUUGGUGCCACAAGAGAUAAAGGUUCAUAGUGGGAUAUCUGCAUACGCUUAGUAUAUUAGCUGGUGAUCAGAGCUCAGGCUAGAUUUCAUCUACUUCCUCUCCCUUCAUGGGUGAAAUUUGUUCACUCACAAAUGUAGAAAAUUCCAAGAGCAACUAGGUGUUUAGGGUAUUGCUACAUAUAAAACAGUUUUCCCAAUCUGCUAUGGGAAAUGACGGCUUGCACUUCCUUGAUUAUGGAAUGGCAUGGUAAUUGUUGGUAUGGAUACCCCAGCACUCCAUUCUGGCUGGAACUUUGAAAAUCAGAGUCAAAUGAAGGGAGAAGUUGUGGGAAAAGGGACAUUUCCAAAGGUUAAUGACAGCUUAAAUUCUGCAAAAGUAUUACUCUUGUAUAAUAACCUACAGAUUUUUGACUACUUCAGUAACAAUGUGCACGUAUUGUAUCCUAGAAUGAUCAUUCGACUAAAAAGCAAACCAUUAAGUUGAAUCCUGAUAAUGAGUAAGCAGUCCUCAAUUCCUUAGUAUGAUGUGCAUUAUUGUUGCUUCAGUCAACUAGGUUAACACAAGAAAUAGGUCCUUGAGCUUGAUUAUUUGGCUUGUGUAGUUGUGUUGGGUUGAUUAUAUAUAGGGGAAGUAAGACCAGUGUGAACUGAGUGAGGUGUGGGAGAUAUCAAUCUGCUUACUUGUGUGGUUUGCUUCAGGUUGGUUAAAUGAUUUACCCACCCAUACAGUUAAGGGGACACUCACUGUUACACUGGCAUAGGGCAAGACCCUAAACAUACUAAUGAGUAUGCUCACCUGCAUAAAAUAGCUCACAAGAGUAUUAUUUUAAUACGCUAUGAAGAUUCAUGACUAUGUCCAAACUCAUGCUGAGAUAUUUUUAGUUACGUAUUGAAAAUAUUUUGAGUUGUAACUGAAUAUGCUUUGAAGCUGCUUUUGAGGGAGUUAGAUCAGUAAUCAGUUAGUUCAGGUUUUUAGCCACCUGUAAUCUCGAUGCACUUGAGCCCAAGCUUGAUUAGAAGAGAGGUUUUGAUCAAAUGCCCUUGAAGCUAGAACUUAAAGAAUAGCAAUUAUAAAUAAAUAUUUAUUGAAAGGUUGGCAAAAAGCUCUUAUGAAACGUCUCGGGAAAGAGGUGUAGUUUUGUUUAUGUAUGGAGAGUAUAAUAAAUAUCGUUGCGGGAUAGAGGUGCACAAAUAAAACAUUUAAUGGAUGCAAGCAAAGUUUAAUAGAUUUUGCAGCUAUUUGAGCUACUAGAAGAACAGGUCAGGCAGUGUUUGUUGAGACAGAAACAGAGUUACUUUUUCAAGUCAAUAAUCUUUCCAUCAGUACAGGAUAAUAUUGUAGUUUUUGUUUUAAGUAGCCUUGUCCCUACCUAACAUUGAUUUGAAAAUGUCAUAAUGUUGAGUGUAGAAACAACGAAAAAAUGCAAGGGUAAAGGUGGCUGGGCCAAGAGUUUUAUUUUUUAUAUACGUGCCAUGAGCUGGUUCUGGCCACAACAUUGUUCUACUAAGUCAAUAAAGUUUUUUUUUAAAGUUUUGUCCAGUAUAGAAAUCUUGAAAUCUCCGCAUUGCAUUUCCUUAUCUGUGGAGUUUGAUGCUGUGAAGCUGCCAGUUUAAAAUCUAAUUUCUCCUCUGCUCUGGAGGAAAGGCUACUUCUGACUCUGGCUAAAUGUUAAUAAAAUCUAUUCUUCUGUAAUUCAGGUAGUUGAAUUAUUCAUUUCUUUAACAAGAGUAACAGCUUUGUGCUAUUGUGGGUAGAUGUGUUGUUUGCUGGAGCAACAGAAUAUGUUGGCACUAACGUGGCUCGGGGUCUUGUGGUGGGUGGGGGGAGGAAAUCAUGAGGUGUGAAGGACUUUAACCAUAGAACCCUAGGGAUCGCAAGCAGCAAAUUCUGUCAGGGAUUGAGUCUCUAAACAUAAAUGAAGGAGCAUGAUGGCUAGUUUCUGUUUAAUGUACUUCUUCUAUUUGUUUAUUUCAGAGAAGUGUGUAACUCUUGUUUGAAUUAAAUUAAUGACAUGUUUUCCUACACCUCACCCUCCAGAGCAAUUUAAGUGAUGUUGGAGAGAACACAUGCCCUUAAGUCUCAUCAUUCAAUUCAGUAUGGCUUUGAUGUUUAAGAUGGGAAGAAAUUAAUUUGAAACCAGGAAAAUCACUGUGACUGGAUGCUAUUGCCCUUUUUGCCAUUAGUAUGUUUGAAGCUCAAUCAGUUAUUAUUAGCUCCAAGGCUGGUAUAAACUCAUGAUCACUGAAACACUUAAAUAAGUGUCCAGCUGUUCCUGCUAAUUGAUUAGUUAUUAGUGAAGCUCAAGAGAGAGGAGGCUAAACAAAAUAGCACAUCUCCCUCAAUUUACACAGAUUAUUUUAAUACAAAGAAGAGACUACUUUGUGUGUGUAUAUGUGUUAGAUUAAAAUAGGGGGUUAUAUUUGAACAGGGUACUCAAAAUUACAUUUAUCAUCUCUAAUUUUAAUUGAUAAAUUUGUAGACCAAGCAGCAACAAGUUAAUAAAAAGUUAACAUUUGAUGUAGAAUAUUCUGGAACUAAAUUUAUAAAUGAAGCAUGGGGCUAGUUGUGUCUUGAUCUGUAGAAAAUAUUUCCAGUUUAAUGUUGUUAUCAUAUGAAAUCCAAAGAAUUACCAGUUGCCUUUACCAUAAUACCUAACUUGAACCUUUUUCUCCAGGUACUCGCUCCAGCAGCCCCUCGCCUCAUUUAUUACUAGGUUUUAAACCAGCCAGAUAUUAAAAUUAGAUUACUUUUAUUCAUUUGUGGGUUUUUUUGGAUCCGAGUUGGGGGGAGGGGAGUUGUCGCUAGCAAGGCCAGCAUUUAUUGCCCAUCCCUUCAGUGGUAGUGAGCCAUUAUUUUGAAUGACUGCAGUCCUUCUGGUGAAAUAAUUGCAGUCCUGUUGGGUGGGGUUCCAGGAUUCACAGCCAUGAUGGGCUAGCAGUAUUUCCUAGUCAGAAUGUUGUACAACUUGGAGGGAAACCUAUAGGCAGUGAUAUUCCCAUGUGUCUGCAACCCAUGUCUGUCUUGGUGAUAGAGAUUAUGUGCAAGGGAGGUGCUGUUGGAUAGCCUCAGCCAAGUAACUCCAGUGCAUUGUGUAAAUGGUACACACUGCAUCAGUGGUAGAGAAAAUUAAUGUUUAGAAUAGCAGAUAGUCAAGUGGGAUUUUUUUUCCUGGAUAGAGCUGAGCUGCUUGUGUUGUGGGAACUGGACAUUCAGGAAAAUUGAGCUUUCUGGUAACACUUCUGGCGUGUGCUUUGCAAGCAUUGGAAAGCAAUUGGGGUUUGGAAGUAUAACAGUCUCUGCUGGAUACUCAAUCUGUGACUUGCACUUGUAAGUCAGAGGUUUAAAGUCGUGGAACUGAUCAAUACUUAUGUAUUGCACCAGAAGAUGCCUACAUAUAGAUAACACUGGAACCUACAAGAGCACACAAUUAAUAAUAAUAUCUUUGGUGCAAAUCUAUUGGAGAUGCAUUCUUAUUCGAUGAUAAGUGAGAUUAGAAUCUGCAGCCAUGUAGUAGAUUCUUACAGCAACUAUUUUAGACAGUUACCACAGAAAAUAACAACUCAAAAAGUCAACAAGAGUCAUUAUGUAUGAAAUGUAAUGGUUCUUUAUCUGGCUCUUCAUUGUUCCCUAAAUAUAUGUUUCUCAGUUAAAUGUUUAGUUCAACAACAAUAGGUGCUAUAAUGUAUAGAGUGAAAUGGCAAAAGUACUUACAAGUAAGAAUAGCAGACAUCUGGCCUUGGAGAUACAAAAAACACCUGGUAAGGAAUUUAAUUUCCAAAAAUAGAGAAAGCCUGAAACAGGGAAUCAACCCAGCUAAACCACUCCCAGCCCACUUGACUAGAACUCUAUCUCCCAUUCCACACAUUAAUUUUCUCUAACACUGAUGCACCAUAGUUGCAGUGUGUACCAUCUACAAAAUGCAUGUGCGGUUACUUGGCUAGGCUACUCUGACAACACCUCCCUAACACACAAUCUCUACCACCAAGAAGAACAAGGGUUGAAGGCGCUUCACAAUAUCAGCACCUGUCUGUUUCCUUCCAAGCCCAGUUUUAAUGGAGGGGCGACAAAGGUGGGAGCCAACAAAUCCAAGGUGAAUGGAUGUUUAAACAUUUCAAGAGGUUC